UUCCGAGGUCGAAGAAAAAAGAGGCUCGUUUGUUUUGUUCACUCGUUCAUCUGCACCGCCCCUCGGAACAAACGCACUCAUCGCUCUAUACGCACUCGCCCUUGUCUGUCACGGACUUACUAUAAACAUCUGGGUCGGAACCGAACCGCUGACCUAGACUUGAGCGAGUGUGCGGACCGAACCAAGAUGGCGACCCCGUAUGUAACGGACGAGUCCGGCAAAUUCAUCGCAGCCACCCAGAGGCCUGAUGGGAGCUGGAGGAAGCCGCGGCGCGUGAAGGAAGGCUACGUGCCACAGGAAGAAGUUCCAGUCUACGAGAACAAAUAUGUGAAGUUCUUCAAGAGCAAACCGGAUCUGCCCCCGGGCAUGAGCGAGCCAGCUGCUUCCGCGGCGCAGCAGAAGAUCCCAGGCUGCAGUGACGACUCCUCUGGACUGUCCAAGUCUGCCAAACGCAACAUGAAGCGCAAAGAGAAGCGCAAGCAGCAGCAGCAGAGUGGUGACGUCGGGGAGGUGACCAACGCCAUCGAGGCAGUUGCCAUUUCUGAGCCGGUGGUGGCUCCUGACGCACUAGAGAGCAGCGACGCUGACAAAGUGAAGAAGAUCAAGAAUGUCAAGAAGAAGCUGCGGCAGGUGGAGGAGCUGCAGCAGAAGAUCGACUCCGGAGAGAUAAAGACGCCGUCAAAAGAGCAGCUGGAGAAAGUGGGACGGGCCGAGACUCUGCGGGCAGAGCUGUUGCAACUGGAGAGGGAAUCCUGAGCCCAGAAAUGACCGGUCUGACGGACACUCGGUCUUAAGACUUUGGAGACACUUUGACCAGAAGUCUGCAGAUGAACUGACAUUUGGACCUCACAUGCGCUUCAGUCGUCACGGUGAUGACUUCAUUUUAAAGACUCUGGCGGAACAGCCACACACGUCUGACCUCUCCAGAAGAUCUCAUUUUAUAUGUACAAACUGUGUUUUGUUUAUAAGAAAUAAAUUCUCCUUU